AUGAUUGACCAUCAAGGGCGGUUCAACAAAGGAUUUCGCACGAGCAUCAAAAUAGAACUGUGUGAGCAUCAUGCAGGCAAACGUGAUUUCUAUACGACUGGAGACAGUAUCGAUGGCUAUGUGUGGAUUACCAUUGAUCACCUUCUUGGACCAGGAAUGGUUGAGGUUGCCUUUCGUGGGCAAUCACGAAUCGUGGACGACUGGGUGCUUCUACCUGUUAGUACGUACAGGCAACAAAACUUCUUGGAGUUACACCAGCCCAUCGAAAAUGACGCAUUCAAUCCCGACCGAGUCUUGAAAGAUGGGUUCGAAUACAAGUUUCCUUUCAAAUUUAUAGUGCCAAAUGAGCUGCCUAUUCACGCUUGUCGGCACAAAGAAGAGCACUGCAAAAUUGACCGAAGUCAUCUGUUGCUUCCACCGACCCUCGGCCGAGACGACGAAAAGAGACCCGUGAGGUUGAAGGAUUCAUCCUUUGACAAAAUCAGAAUCACAUAUUCUGUACAGGCAAAACUGUUGAGACAGCAUACAGAGGAGAAUCAACCAAACGAGCCCUUGGCAUCUGCGCUCAUGCCUGUUCGAAUCAUUCCUGCGCUACAGGAAAUGCCUCCUGCCUAUACUCUUGAUCACUUGCAGAUUUGUCCGCAGUCCUUACGUCCUUCCAAAAUAGCUUCAUGGCAAGCUGCCAAGGGGACCUUCAGGGUUUGCACAUUGGAGCCAAAUCCAAUCUCGCUUCUUGCCUCCUCCUACGAAGAGUCCAAGGGCCCCGUUACUACUGUAACGAUGGAAAUGGAGUUCCAACCGACGCAUGAUGAACCACCACCAGCAAUAAGCCGGAUUUCCAGGAAGCUGCUGGCCCAUACGACCACGCACGCGGUUCCUUUCCGUACAUCUCUAUCGGGGCCAAUAUGCAAAAGCAAACAAAAAACCGAGACCCAUAUUGUGCGAUUAGGCGACUUGAAAAUGUCAUCUGUCCGAUGGGUGGAACAACCACCUGCCAAUAAUGUCGGCCGUGAUACAAAAGAAUGGGUGACUCGCACUGGUGAUCGUGUGAAAGAUUCACAGCAAAAACGUCUUUACACGGCCACAAUUGACGUCUUAAUAUGUCUUCCCAACACGAAAACAUUUGUGCCAACUUUCGAUUCAUGUCUUAUAUCACGAUCUUAUGCGGUGGAGAUUUUCCUUUACUACUCUUUCUCAAGAAAGUCUAUCGGAUCAUCGCCUAUCAGUCUUCGAGUCCCCUUGCAAAUAACGGGACCAGGUCGAUAA